AUGCAGGUGCAUGAAGCACCGCUGGUGGAGCCCUUGCGGCAGAGCAUCAGGGCUCCGGCUGCAAGCGGUGCUUGCCUUGCACUGGGAGCUGCAGGCGUUGCUGCUGCGGCUUUCCGCAGGCAGAGCCGCCCCAGCCGCGCUCCACGCUUAGCGGAGCCACAGCAGCCCCAGCCAGGACGAGAGCCCGAGAUUGAUCCCAGAAGGUCAGAUCCUCCCAACACUGCUCCGCCAGUUCGGAUGCCAAUGGUGGACACAGGCAGUGGUGAGAAGCUUGACGUGAUGUCCAAGCUGCUUGAAGACCGCAUCAUCAUUCUGGGCGGGGAGGUCAAAGAUGAGAUGGCCCAGAUCCUUGUUGCGCAGAUGCUGUACCUUGCCAACUCAGACCCCAGCCAGGACAUCACCAUGUACAUCAACUCCCCCGGUGGAUCCGUCUCUGCAGGAAUGGCCAUUUAUGAUACGAUGCAGUUCAUCCCUUGCGACGUGAGCACAGUCUGCUUUGGAAUGGCUGCUUCCAUGGGCUCAUUUUUGCUGUCUGCCGGGACCAAGGGCAAGCGAAAGAGCUUGCCCAACUCUCGCAGCUGGGCGUUCAAUAUGGCAGCCCCUUUCACAGAUGCACGUCCUGCAUAUGAAUGCACCAAACAUCGCUUGAGCAGUCUCAGAGUGAAAGAUUUGUCUGCGACUUUCAUGCUUGCUAACUUCCAAAGGCGUGGUCGGGCCAUUUCAGGCCGCAAACUUUCAAUCCGCCUGAUGCUAGAUGGAGGAUGCGUCAAAGUUGGGCGUUGUUCCCCCCCCAACAAUGCAAAACUGAACAGCAGAAAGAGCACAGCAUUUCGCUCGCCCAAGUUUACCCGAGAUCACCCGAGGCAUCAUGAUCCAUCAGCCUCUGGGCGGAGCGCAAGGCCAGGCGGUUGA